AUUCCAGGUAUAAAACCUGAUACGGAGGUGGAUCUGAACGACAACAAUAUCGCUGUAUUGUCUGAGAAGAGUUUCCGUCCAAUUUUGGAAAUCCUCUCGAAGGGAAAUGGAACCAUUUAUGUCUGGCGCAAUCCUGUCCGAUGCGAUUGUGACAUAGCAUGGCUGGUUCUCAAUCGGGAAUUUCUUGCGAGCAUUUCUGGAAAGUGCCACAAUGGAACUGAAUUCAAGGAUUUGGAUGCAUUUGUUAUGAAAGACUGUGAUCGUCAAUCGAGCUUACCAACACCCACAACUGAAGCAUGCCGGAUGUUCAGAUGCGGACAACUCAGCGUCAUUCAACACGGAUCCUUUACUAUCGAAUCGUGUGCCAGCCCAUCGGAAGAGACUGCCGAAAGAAACAAUGCAAAUUGCAUUCGAGAUAGAUACUAUGCACUUUGGAGCAUCGUUAAAUACAGAUGCGAGAAAUACUAUGAACUGCAAGGACCGGAAUUCCGAAAAUGUGAGGAGGAUGAAGAAUGGACAGGACCUACCCCAUUUUGUAAGCCAGUAUGCAGGAAGAAAGAAAGUCAAAUUCAGCUCUCUGCAGGAGGAAACCCAUCUGAAAUCGGAGAUUGGCCAUGGCAAGCAUCCAUCUAUGACCUCAAGAAGGACGAUGUCAUUUGUGGAGGAGCUCUCAUUAAGGAGCGAUGGGUGUCGCAUAUAAUCUUGCACAAGGACUUCAACGUAUAUAAUAACUACGACUCGGACAUUGCUCUAUUGAAACUAAAAAGGCCUGCCGUGCUGACUCCGCGAGUUCAGUUGGUAUGUCUCCCGAACCGUUUUGAUUUCUCUGAGGCCAACCUCGACAGCGGAGUGAUAGGAUGGGUGGCCGGUUGGGGUACUGACGGAUCAAAUAACCCCACAGCUGUCCUGACGGAGUUUCAACUCCCGGUGAUAUCCAAUCGCGAAUGUGUUCGGGACACCGUUCAUUUCACGGGGGACCCCGGCAUCACUCGCACCCUCACCUCAAAUAUGUUCUGCGCCGCUGUCCUGACGGAGGUUCAACUCCCGGUGAUAUCCAAUCGCGAAUGUGUUCGGGACACCGUUCAUUUCACGGGGGACCCCGGCAUCACUCGCACCCUCACCUCAAAUAUGUUCUGCGCCGGUCUUUCUGCGGCUACUCCUCUCGAAGAUUAUCGAACAGUGUGUCCUGGGGACUCAGGGAGUCCCAUGGUCUUCUUCUCCAAUAUAUCCCAUGGCAGCCACUGGACGAUGGAAGGGAUCGUGAGUCACUUUUUCCAGAAAGGUACUUGCUCCAUGAGGCGCCCUGGGCAGUAUGGCAUUUUCACCAAGGUUAAUAGGUUCACCCAGUGGAUCAACAGGGUUAUUUAUAGCGGCUUCUAACGCAUCUGUACUGAUUCACCUAUAUGCGAAGUCUCCAAAGUGAAAUAAAUUUGUCAAAGAUUCUUCUACAA